AUAUAGCUCCUCCCCCUUCUUCUCCUCCACCAUCACCGCCGCCACCGCCACCGUAACCGCCGCCGGCACUCUCUAGUAUAGGCAAAUUAAGAAUGGCUAAAGGUGCUGUUUCUCUCAUUGUUCUAUCAGUUUUGUUGGUGGGUUUGGGUGACGUGGAAGGCCAAGCUCCGGCGCCGUCCCCCGGCGGGCCGGUGGACAUCUUUGCCGUUUUGGAGAAGGCCGGCGGGAAUUACGGGAUCUUCAUCAAGUUCCUGAACACUACCCAAGUGGGCAACCAGGUGAACAUCCAAGUCAACAGCUCCACUGAUGGCAUGACUGUUUUUGCCCCCACUGAUAAUGCUUUCAACAAUCUCCCGUCCGGCACUCUCAACAAGCUCUCCGACCAGCAGAAAAUCUUGCUCAUUCAGUACCAUGUUCUACCUAAAUUCUACUCCUUUGAGGAUCUUCAGACCGUCAGCAACCCUGUCAGAACUCAGGCUAAUGGCCCAGAUGGGCAGACAUUCGGGCUGAACUUCACCGGGCAGAACAACCAAGUGAACGUGUCUUCCGGGGCGGUGGAGACUCAAGUUUAUAACCCUUUGAGGAAAGACCCUCCUUUGGCUGUUUAUCAGCUUGAUAAGGUUUUGCUGCCGCUGGAAUUCACCGCCGAUCAUCCGGCGGCGAAAGCUCCCACCGGCUCCGCCUCAUCUACGCCUGCCGGAAAGAGCAACGACGGGAAGAAUGCGACGGCGGCCAAAGAGCCCUCUCCUGCUCCAAACGGUGCCGGAAAAAUGAUGAGCUUGGAGCUGGGUUUGGUUUCUGGAAUCUUGAUGUUUUGUAUGGGAUUGCUUUCUUGAAGAUCGACAUAAGAUGGAUGGAUAUAUCCAUGUACGUUAUUGAUUAUUCUGUAUGUUUGUUCUUGUAGAACAUUAUUUAAUUUCAUCAUUGUUUUCUUUUUAUCUAUUCAUCUUAUUCCAUAGCUAUCUUUUGUCUA